AAAAUAGUUCACCUAUGGAUCUUGACAAGUCAUUUCUAGUAACCAAUGAUUCCUUAUCCAGAGAUGAUUAUGUUUCUCUAUCCCAAGAUGUCUUUGAUUCAACUUUCCAAAAUGCAUCAAAUGUUCACCCCCAAGAUAUUUUAGAUCACUCAUCUGUUAAUACUAUAGAUCAAACUAAUAUGGCAGAACUUAAACAAAGAAGAAAAACUUAUGUUUCCCAGACCCGUUCUCUUGUUAGUAAAAGGAAAUCAAUAUCCGAUAAAGUCUUUCAAAAUGCUGUAACAAAAAAAUUCAAAGCAAAUAAAAAUGCCUACACACCUGAAUUUGUUUCCCUAGCUACUCAAAUGAGUAAUAUUGGUCAGAUGUCUUUAUCCUCAACUGUUCAAUGUACAAAGGAGAUCUUUGCCUUUCUAACUGGUCAAUCACCUGAAUCCUGGUUAUCCCAUAGAACAUUGGCAAGGUGGAAUAAAGAGGUAGCUCAAGUUGUGAUUCAUGACAAUCUUCCUAAUAAAGAUUGUAGAUUCUUUUCUUAUGGUAUUAUUGCAGAUGAAAGCACUAGAGGAGAGAAAAAAAUUUUCUUAGUAUGCUUGCCAUAUUGGAACCAUCACACUAAUGAACCCUUACUUUCUAUAAUCCGAAUGGUAGAUAUAGAACGUUGUAGUGCUAUUGUUGUCUGUGAUACUAUAAUAGAAUCAUGUCAAUCUUAUAAUAUAUGUACAAAUAAAUGUCUGUACUGGCUUACUGACAAUACUGGAUAUAUGUCUGGGGAAAAGGGUGGUGCUAAAAUUACAUUUGGCAGUAAUCCUAAUCCCUCUGGUUUGUCCUUACGUCCACAUCCUUUUAAUCUACUGAAUCUUGCCUACUACCUUCACAAUGGUUACAAUGAUUCAGAUAAAGAUAAUCCUCUAAACAUGAAAACAGAAACAAUUAAAAAGUUGUAUUGGACCUUUCUCCAAUAUCAAUUGAAAAAUUACCAAAAACCUAUUUCAACCAGAUGGCUAUACCAAUUAGAAACAGCCAAACAGUAUCUUGACAGAAAAGAUAUACACCUUGUGUUUGCAAGAUUUUUUGUUGAUCAGUUGAUGUCCUCAAAAAAUGUGCCAGAGAGAUAUUAUCAUAAGUGGACUACUUUCCUCAGUUGGUUACAGGAUGAAAAAAUGAAUAUUUUAAUUAGAAUUAUGGUACAAUUUGGCAAAUGGUUCUAUGAACAAUUAUUCCAUUUUCUUACUGGAGCAGACCCUUGUCCUAGGGAAUUGAAUGAGGUUGUAGAGAGACCAGAAAUCAUUUUCUUUGAAGAAUUUCAGGCUGCAAGUGAGCACCUAGAAGAAAAUGAUUAUAUUGAUUUAAUGAAUAAGGUCAAAGCAGGGCUACAACUUUCAGGACCUAAACCUUUAGGAUGUAUGCUUACUUCAGAGAAACUAAAAGAUGUUCGUGCUCAACAGCAUAGAAUUACUCCCAAUCCAAUAAAUUUGAACUUUGGUGAGGAGGCAACCAAAAAUAUAUUAAAACAUAUACUAAAAAAUAAAUAA